UGGCGGUCGGGACGAUGUUGACAUGGAAAUGUAAACAAUCCAGAUAAAAUAUGUUUUGUACGUGAAAUACAGAAAUUUUAGCGAACGAAAUACUUGUUUAGUAGAAAAUUACCACAAUGGGUGUAAAAGAUGUGAAGAAGAACAGUAUUUCAGAGACAAAAGAUGGUGCAACUUGGGUUCAUCAAUCGCUUGCACAGGUGAAAAUCAAAGUCAUGAAAGGACACAGUGAUGCUGUCAAUUCGUGUGAAUUCUGCUUUGACGACUCAAAGAUUGUAACCUCCUCAAAUGACAUGACCUUAAGAUUAUGGGACACUGCAUCUGGUGUACAGUUGAAAACAUACAAAGGGCAUUCAUCCUUUAUCACUUGUUGCCAUCCAGAUUCUGCCAAUGGGAAGCUUGCAUCUGGUGGAUGGGACAAAUUUGUCUAUGUUUGGGAAGUAGAAACUGGGAAGAUUUUGUGGAGUGCUAUUCAUGAAGGAAUCGUCACAACAUGUCACUUUUCUAGUGAUGGAAAGUAUCUGGUAACAGGAACCGACCUAGAUUUUGCAACGUGUGUGUGGGAUGCAAGGGAAGGAACAUUAAUCAAGAAACUGUUACAUCAUCGUAGCACUGUGACCUGUUGCCGAUUUUCUCCACUUGAGAAUCGAAUUUGCACAACGUCGAUGGACAGAACGACAAAGAUUAUUGACAUGAGAACAUUCAAAACCACUAACAACAACAUUACUCUUAGUCUAGGGGGACACAUUAAUGUAAUUUCAACGUGUUCAUUCUCAAGCGAUGAGCAUCUAUUGGCCACUGGUUCUUGGGAUAAGAACAUACAGCUGUGGGAUGUGGCUACAGGUGUCUACAGAACUAAAGGACCAAUGACGCUGUCCAAGGGACAUGAAGGAUCUAUAAGUGCAUGUCAGUUUAGCAAAGAUGGAACUUCACUGGUUUCAUCAUCAUUUGACGAAACUCUAGUCAUAUGGGAUGUUGAAAAUCUCUGUCAGAAGUUUGCUCUUAAGGGUCAUUCAGGUUGGGUAACUGAUUGCAGUAUAAGUGAAAAUCAAAAAUGGGUUUUAUCAUGCUCAAAGGAUCACACGGUCAGAUUGUGGAACAUAGAAUCCAGUGAAGAUAUACCAGUGGUACUGGAACACAGGAAAAAUAUUGGUCUCAGGAUAGUCAAUUGUCAAAUCUGCAGCAAGCCAUUCUCCAUCACCCAGCUAGAGGAAGCUGACAAUGCCAAGUUCUGUGUGUUYUGUCGUCUUGAGCAUCCAUCCAUGUAUGAGCCUCCAGUAUAACAGUCUCCCCAUCCUGCUGAUAUAACCUAAUACAAAGAAUUAUUUUAAUAUAAUUUAUAAACUAUUAACUUAAACACAGAUCUGCACUGGUGUUCUUAUAAGUGUAAAAAUGUUAUGGUAUAACUUAUUCUUGAAUGAAAGUGCUUGCCUGCAUUUAAAUUAUUAAUUAGUAGUCUACACAGAAACUGUGACUCUUAUAAGAGCUGUAUUUCACAUUUUAUUUCAUCUCUCUUUUCAUUCAUUUCUUUUACAUUCCCCACAUCUCACACAUUCUUCAACUCCCUUACGUUUAUUCUCUCUUCCUUUCUAUAUAUUUAAUGUACAUAAAACAUGUUUUCUAGAGAAAAAGUCAGGGACUUUAAUUGUGUUUGGCUGUUCUAUCUCAGAUGUGAACAAGCAUUAUUGUUCUUUGUGCUUGACUAUGCUUUAACAGCAACUGUAAAGCUUUCUUAGUUUAUAUGUCCAGUUAAUACCAUACAAGUUGCCAUUGAAUAGUCCAUGUGUGAAUGCCUCAAUGAUGUAAAUAAAAGUGUUUCAUCUUUUUUUAUCUUAA